AUGGUACAUGCAAGCAAAGUCGAUGAAGCUAUUUUAAAGGAGUUGAAUAGAGGGCAUACCGUAGGCCCUUUUGAUUGUCCUCCUCUUCCUAGUUUUCAUUGCUCCCCUUUGGGUGCAGCGCCUAAAAAAGAUGGUUCCAUCCGGGUAAUUUUAGACCUCUCAUCACCACAAGGAUUCUCGGUUAACGAUGGCAUUUCUAAGGACUCUUAUUCAGUUACAUAUUCAUCAUUUGACGAGGCCAUUGAUAUGGUACGUGAACUCGGCAGAGACUGCUUUCUUGCCAAACUUGAUAUCAAACAUGCCUUCCGGUUAUGCCCAGUUCACCCGGAUGACUGGUACCUCCUUGGUUACAAAUGGCAGGGAAGAUAUUUUUUUGAUGUUGUUCUUCCCUUCGGUGGACGGUCGUCACCGUUUACUUUUAAUCACUUUGCGGACCUACUUCACUGGAUUCUUCAGUACCUUGCUUCCAUUCGGCAGCUACUUCAUUAUCUCGAUGACUUUAUUACAGGUAAUUCCUCAAAAGCCGCCUGCCAAAAUAUCAUCAAUUUAAUCCAGCAGGUCUUUAACUGCCUAGGAGUUCCUUUAGCACCGAAAAAAAUUGUUGGUCCAUCUCGCGUCCUGACCUAUUUAGGCAUUGAAAUUGAUACCAGUGAAUUCGUUAUACGUUUACCUCAGGACAAAUUUGAUGCUAUUUUGUCCUUGUUAAGAGUGUGGAAAGGAAAGAAAAAAUGCACAAAAAAGGAGCUACUAUCACUCAUAGGAUUGUUGUCUUUUGCAUGCAAAGUUGUCAAAUCUGGUCGCAUUUUUCUGCGCCGGUUAAUUGACCUUUCUACUACUGUAAGUAGCCUUUACCAUCACAUUUCCGUUACAUCGGAAUCCCGCAAGGACAUUGAGUGGUGGCUGAAUUUUUUACCCAGUUGGAACGGGAUGGCGGUCAUCCAAACAUCAUUCCUCACAUCAGAAAGUUUAAACAUGUUUACAGAUGCUUCCAUGAGUGGUUUAGGCGGUUUUUACAAUGGGAAAUGGUUUUCCAUCCCUUUUUCCAACACCAACAAUUACAGCAUUACCUUUCUUGAGUUGCUUGCGGUUGUUAUAGCGGUACAUUCGUGGGGUGAGAAGUGGUCUGAUACCCAGGUUAUCAUUUUUACAGACAACGAGGCCAUUGUCCGCAUAUGGAGUACUGGUUCGUGCAAAUGUGAGCACAUCAUGAAACUUGUUCGCUUGUUGUUUUAUUUUACAGCAAAUCACAACAUAAAUUUGCUGAUGCGCCACAUUUGUGGCACUUCUAACAUUUAUGCAGACCUACUUUCGCGUUUACAGGUCGCAAAGUUCAAAGAGCAGUGCCCAUACGCCGAAGAGCUUCCUACUCCUAUCCCCUCGUCAAUCUCCGAAUGCUUAGUGUGA